AGAUGCCCAGUACCUAUCAAGUGUGCAAGUAAAGAAGAUACAUCAUGCAUGUUAAUGCCUAGCCCUACAAUUAAGCUCACAUGCUUCGGUCACAUCGGCAGCUAAUUAACGCUAAUAGCAUAGCAGUACUAUACUGCUGAAUACCGAUAUAUUAGCAUCAUUCGAUAUAUUCUCUUCCGCUCUGUUCUGAUCCAGAUCUGUCAUCUCCUCUUUAUACUGAUCCAGUUUGUGUGUUUUGUCUUUCAGGCGUCUUUUGCGUGGUAAAGGUUUAAGAGCAAAGUUUAUGUCGCCUUUAUUCAGAAAACAGAUUCUAGUUUGUUCUUCCCCACAAAACUGAAAGAUUAGGGUGUCAAAGAGGAUGGAAGGGGCUAUAGUGAGCAUAGCCACCGGGGCAUUGAAGCCCGUCCUCAUGAAGCUAGCCACUCUGGUUUGCAAUGAGUACAUGAUCUCCAAGGAGGUGCACAAAGAGAUCGAGACCCUCUCUAGCGAACUCACGGCCAUCCAUUCAUUUCUUCUGAAGAUGUCAGAGGAAGAGAAUCCUGAUGCCCAAGAUCAUGCUUGGAUGAUGGAUGUAAGGGAGCUAUCCUACGACAUUGAGGAUAUUAUUGAUGAGUUCAUGGUCCGAGUUGAUGAUGAUUCUGCUAAUCCUGAUGGGUUUAUCAGCAAGUGUAAGAACUCGCUCGCGAAGAUGAAGACUAGAAGUCGAAUUGCCAAGGCAAUCAGAGAUUUCAAGAGCCAAAUCACGAAGGUUGGAGAUAGGCAUGCAAGGUAUAGAACAAGGGAGACUGUCUUGAGGACCAACAAUAGAAUCGUUGACCAUAGAGCUCUCUCUAUCUUUGAGCUUGCUUCAAAUCUUGUAGGUAUUGAUGAACCAAAAAAUGAGGUAAUAAAAUUAUUGUCCAGUAAUGAUGGGUGUGAAUCUAUGCAGCAACAACCAAAGGUUAUCUCGAUUGUUGGAUUUGGAGGACUAGGUAAAACUACCCUUGCAUACCAAGUAUACCAAGAGCUCAAGGGGAAAUUUGACUGUUCGGCUUUCCUAUCAGUAUCACGAAAUCCAAACAUGAUGAGAAUUCUAAGAACUAUUUUAAGUGAGGUGGCACAACGUGACUAUGCUUUGACAGAAGAUGGAUAUGAACAACAACUUAUUAUCAAAAUUUCCAAUUUUCUUUCCAACAAAAGGUACCUUAUUGUAAUUGAUGACAUAUGGAAGGUGGAAAUAUGGAACAUUAUUAAGGGUGCAUUCUCAAUGAGCAGUCAGUGCAGUAAAAUAAUCACCACUACUCGUAUAAAUGAUGUCGCUAGAUCAUGCUGUUCUUCAUUUAGUGGUCAUGUGUAUAAUAUAAGGCCACUUAAUAUGGUACAUUCAAGACAUUUAUUCCACAGAAGAUUAUUCAAUUCCGAAGAAAAAUGCCCUUCACACCUUGAAGAAGUUUCUGAUCAAAUCUUGAAAAAGUGUGAUGGCUUACCUCUGGCAAUCAUAGCUAUAUCUGGUUUGUUGGUUAACAAACCAAUGACAAAGGAUCAAUGGGAUCAUGUAAAAAAUUCAAUUGGUUCUGCGCUCGAAAGAAAUCCUAGCGUGGAUGUAAUGAUAAGUAUAUUAUCACUGAGUUACUAUGAUCUUCCUCCUCAUCUGAAAACUUGCCUAUUACAUCUCAGUAUAUUUCCAGAAGAUUACUUAAUUGAGAAGGAUGACUUAAUACUUAGAUGGGUUGCCGAGGGAUUCAUUCAUAAAAAGGGAAGUUAUACAUCAUUUGAGCUAGGAGAAAUGUGUUUCAAUGAACUCGCCAACAGAAAUUUGAUCCAACGUUGCAGUAACAAGGAUGAUUGGAAAGUUCAUGACACAAUUCUUGAUUUUAUCAUCUCGAUGUCCAUCAAAGAUAACUUUGUUACUUUAGUAGCUUCUCCUGAUCAAACUAUUGGGACGAACAAGGUUCGUCGGCUCUCCCUUCAAAUUGGUAUCGAGGAUGGGAAUUCAAUCUUACAAAGAAGGUUGUCUGACUUGUCUCAUGCUCGAUCUCUUGAUGUGUUCUGCUAUCAACCAAAGUUGCCUUCUCUAUUGGAGUUCAGGCACUUGCGUGUUCUGAGUUUUAGAUAUUGCAAAUGGUUGAAAAGCCACUGUAUUGCAAAUAUAGGCAGGUUGUUUCAAUUAAGGUACCUGAAUCUCAAGAAAACAGGUUUAACUGAACUUCCUGAAGAAAUCGGAUGUCUACAGAGCUUGGAGACGCUGAAUGUUAUGGACAACCAUAUGGUUCAGUUACCACAAUGUAUUACACGACUUGGAAAUUUGAUGCAUCUAUUUAUUGGCAAUCAGAUUCAACUCCCAGAUGGCAUUGCAAAGAUGCAGGCACUAGAGACAUUACAAGCGGUGGACCUAUCCAAGCAUUCCUCUAACAUCGUCAAAGAACUUGGACAGCUAAAGAAUCUGAGGGAACUGAAUUUGUUGAUCUACGACUAUGAUGCAUGCACAGAAGAGCAUAUGAAGACUAUUGCCUCUUGUCUACUUCAACUAGGCACGUACAACCUCCGUCGUCUAAAUAUUAUGACUUCUAUCAUACUUGGCAACAUCUACUUACCAGAUCCCUGGUGCCCUGCUCCGCUUAAACUCGAAGGACUUGACAUCUCAGGCUCACCAAUGCCACGAGUUCCAACUUGGAUAGGUUCGUUGGUCAACCUCAAAAGGUUAGGCCUUGCUCUAGAGGGAGUGAAUUGUGAAGAUCUAUCAAUCAUCGGAUGUUUACCUUCUCUGCUACAGCUUUCUCUCCGUGUACCAGGGUACAGAGACAGUCUCAUAAUCAGUGGCUGCUAUGGAUUCUCUUGUUUGAGGGACUUUUGUUUCAUCGGGCAACAACCAAUUUUUACAGCGGGAUCAAUGCCAAGGCUAGAACUACUCAUACUCAAUAUAAAUGCAUCUAAACCAGAGACUGUGACUAAUGCUGCUCUAGAAAAUCUCCCCUGCCUCAUGACGGUCCAGUAUUUGCUUUACCAAUAUAACAAAAAUGAUCAUGAGAUUGAAAAUGCAGAGGCUGCAUUGAAGAGAGCAGUGAGCUCUCAUCCCAACCACCCUAGCCUUGUGCGAAUAUACUCCCUCCCUCCCAAAAAGAGUAUAUUUUUAGCUUGAAAAUUUGUACCACAAAGGCUGCCUUUUUUAAAAGUAGUGAUUAAGUUAGUUGCAUUUGUUUUAAGUUUGCUACAUUGGAUUCUGCAUGUAAUGGGUGGCUGAAUUGUUCAAAGUUUCAUUCAUCCGAGUAGUUAGUUUU